CAAUCUUGGAUACUACUAUCUAAAUCAUAGGUGAUCCCAUCUCUAUUAUUGGCAGUGUCGGCCACAAAACAUAUACACUUGUGUGUGUCAGCAGUCACGCUUGACACUGUGUUUUGUGAUUGUUUUUGACAGAAUUUGUUAAUUUUGAGGUUAUGUGUAUGUUGCAAGGUUUGUUUUUGUUUUGUAUUUUGUUGAUUUAAAAAUAUGUAAUCAUGCGUUUGCUGUGCGCAGCUAAGAAAUAAACCACUCUCCAGAUCAUUCUGAACUUAACAACUUGUCACUGGAUUUAUUGAAACUUAACAUGUCGGCCUCCAGUACACCAACAUUCAACAAUGAAUAUUACAUUGCAUUGGAAUGUAAAGACCUACAGGCUAAUGCUAUGGCCAUUGACUCGUCAGGAAAUUACGUUCUUCUAGGAGGGAGAAGAUACUUAGCUAUUCGUAACCUAGAGGAUGAGUAUGAAGUUGUGCAAAAAUAUCCUAGACAAAGCAAAUACGAUGUUGGAGCAGCAGAGUGGAAUCCUACUCAAUUCCACAAAGAGCUUUGUGUUAUUUCGAGUAACCAGAGGUUAGAAGUAGUGACCACAAGACAUGAUGAUCUCACCCAAACCCACUCACUGAGAGCCCACACUAGGGUAAUAACUGACCUGAACUGGCAUAAGGCUGACCCUAACAUAUUAGCUUCCUGUUCAGUGGAUACAUUCAUACACAUCUGGGAUUUGAGGGAUCCAAAAAGGCCUACAUUGUCACUUUCUGCUGUUGCUGAAGCCUCACAAGUUAAAUGGAAUAGAUUGUCACCACAUUUGUUGGCUACUGCUCAUGAAGGUGACAUCAAAAUAUGGGACCAGCGGAAAGGAACUGUUCCCAUGCAAUACAUCGCCGCGCAUCUCUCGAAAAUCCAUGGACUAGACUGGAGCCCUAAAUCAGAGAAUUACAUAUGUUCAUCAAGUCAAGACAGUACCGUCAAAUAUUUCGACAUAACAAACUCUCGCAAAUCGGAGUUUGUUAUAACAACCACCGCGCCAGUGUGGCGGGCCAGACACACCCCUUUCGGCAGUGGAUUGGUUACUGCGGUGGUGCCUCAAUUGAGGAGGGGAGAAAAUAGUUUGCAACUGUGGAAUACCACGAACAGGGCGACACCUGUACAUACCUUUAUUGGUCAUCGAGAUGUGAUUCUAGACUUUGACUGGAGGAAACAGUAUCCAAAUGAUUUAGACUUCCAGCUAGUAACAUGGUCCAAAGAUCAAACUUUGCUUGUAUGGAAAAUCGAGCCUUAUAUCCAAAAACUGUGUGGUCAUGAGCCUGUCGAAGUGGAAGUAGGCACUGAAAUAGUCGUCGACGCGAUUGAGUCCAGAUUACCUAGGAAGAACUCUCCUAAAGUCCAACCCCUUCAUCAGGAAUUUUCUUUGCUGAACGUGCAUAUUCCUAAUUUGAUUGUGAAGAAAAUGGACCCUGUGGCGAGGAAUGUAGCUGUUAAAGUAGCGGUUAACGAUUUUCUAGUGCAUUUACAGGUGAGCUUCCCUAACGCAUACCCUUUCGGAGUGUCUCCGAUUUUCCAAGUGAUGCCCGGUUCAACUAUCAACGAUUCCGCCAGCCAUCAGCUCCUGCAGAUGCUCAAACACCUGGCUCAGCAGCGAGUGUCAAAAAACCGGACUUGCUUGGAGCCCUGUCUAAGGCAGAUGGUCACCACAUUGGAACAGCUUUCCACCAGUCUGGAUCCGAACAAAGUGUACGAUCGGUCGUACCUGGAGCCCCCGAAUAUCUUUGGGGGAUACAACGACGCCUAUAUUCCGUUCCCGAAGACGUCUGGAGCCAAGUUUUGCUCCGUAGGGACCCUUGUCUGCUUUAGCAGACCGUCAUUCUCGCGCAGGGUUCCCACCAAGUCCGAGAGUUUGACCAGGGCAACCACACCCAGAGCGUUGUCGGCGUUAGAGAAUCAUUUCACGAAGCAGGCUAGUGAUUAUAUGACUAUCUCCACGUACUACUAUCAAAGGCACCGAUCCCGAGCGAAAAACUUCUCGAAGCAGUCCCGGACAGUGGUGCACAUCUACGACGCGCUAGGUUUGUUCUUCAUGAACAGACAGCUGGCCGAAGAGUACAUUUUGGACGGCGACUUGAGCACGGUAUGCAAACACAACGGUGCAGCAGCAGCUGUGGUCGGCAGGUUCGAUUUGGUGCAGGCGUGGACGUUGGCAGAACUGGUUGCUGGUCAGUCGGAUGACAAAGAGAUGGCCAUGGCCUCGCACCCUUUUGGCAGCAAACUAAUGGAAUCGCUUAUAAACCACUAUGCCACACAGUAUGAUAUACAAAUGGCAGCUAUGCUUUGUUGUAUUUUUGGCAAAGAAAUGUCGAGGAAAUCUGCACAGAGCUUAUCAGAGCAAUCCAAGAAAUGGAAACUGAAGGCAACAUCCCCGUAUCACACCAUACCUCCAGCAGACGUGGUAGCGGACGGAUGGGUAUUCCCUAUGAUGAGGACAAAGAGGUCAACCUCAUUGGAUAACAUCAGGGUAGAAGUUCCUGCUGUCGUCCGUACUACCAAACCCCAAUCUACCUUGUAUGAGUACUACAAGAUGGCAUAUGCGGAGACGUUACAUCGUUGGGGACUUAUUUAUAAUAGGACAGAGGUUCUGAAAUAUACAUAUAGGAUUCCUGAUGUUCACAAAGGCGUGGAGUUUGUCAGCGAAUGUACGUUCUGCGAACGUCAAGUGAAACAGUAUGGUUGUGUCUUCUGUAAACGAUUGGCGCUUCAAUGUGCUGUAUGUGGAGAUUCAGUGCGCGGACUGGCAAAUUCAUGCGCACCUUGCGGCCAUGGAGGACAUAGGAGGUGUCUGCAAUGGUGGUUCCGGAAGAAAAGCGUAUGCCCAACAGGAUGUGGCUGCAGAUGCAUGUCAGAAACGGCUAGGUUAUUCGACACUUAGCAUGGUGCUGGACUCAGAUAUUUGCGACAGCAGCUGUAGGUCUGAAGUUAAAUAACUGCUGAUUACAUCAGGGCGUUGUUCUAAUGAAGUUUGAACUUAGAUUUCUUGAUAACAUAGUCUAGAUACGAAAAAAAGGCUUUUCGUCGCUUUUUUCUAUUCAAUGGUUUUGUUUUAAAUGCUAUUAUGAAAGCUGAAAUGCUUCCACGAUUCUUGGAAAAUAGGAUCGUAUGUGAAUAAACGAGAAUAAAUUCCUUCAUUUAUAGCUGUUAGAAUGGCACCUAUUUAAAUUAAAUGAUCCGAAGCGGAUUCUUGUUAAAUGGAUAGUAAAGGCAGAAUAUUAAGAUAUUAUUAUACAGUUUCAUGACUUCCUUUAUGGAAAUGAACAGUUAUUGUUCAAUGUGAUAAUGUUCCAAGACCAUGUGAUAAGUAGAUUAACACUUAUUGUACGAGUAUUAUUUAUAUUUUACGAGUAAGUGCGAUGUAAAUUUUUUGUAAUAUAAUAAAGUAAUGUAAUAGAUAUGAGAUA